CCUCGCGUCCCCCACCCCAACUACCCCCAGGGGCAGGGCCACGCCUUCCUUUCCGACCAGCGAACGACCUGCAGGUCCGGGAAUUUCCCUUGCUCGGGGGCUGCGAACUUCCCUCCCCUAUUGUGGAUAAAAAGGGUUCGUCCGUCUCCGGGAGCCACAGAUCUCGCCCAGCCAGCUCUCCCGCCAGCUCUCGCGCUCCAGGCACCGUCGACCAGACCCACCAAGCUGAGCACCAUGACCCGCACCGCAACCGCCGCUGUCCCCCGGGUCCCCGGACUCCUCAGGGCUGCGCUGCUGCUCCUACUCCUGGUCACCUCCUGCCGCCACGCUGCAGGGAGGCCUGUGGCCAAUGAACUUCGCUGCCAGUGUUUGCAGACCUUGCAGAAAAUUCACCCCAAGCACAUCCAGAGUGUGAAGGUCAUACCCCCAGGAGCCUCCUGCGACCAAACCGAAGUCGUAGCCACGCUCAAGAACGGACAGGAUGUUUGCCUCAACCCUGAAGCCCCUUUCGUUAAGAAAAUGAUCGAAAAGAUGCUGAACAACUCCGACUAACCAGAGGACGCAGACCCUGCCUCACAAAAAUCAAAGAGGAAAAAGAGGAAUCAGCAGCUCCCAGAGCCACCUGGGUGGAGCUUCCAGUACUUGAGCAUCUCUUACGAGAGUUCUUCUACUUAUUUAUUUAUUUAUUGGUUGGUUUUCAAAUAUUCUAUGUUAAUAUUUCACAUGUCAAAUCUUUAAGGAUUUGAUUGACUCUAUUUGUGCACAGUACUAUUAUUUUUAUUGUUUAUUUUAUGUCAAACCCAAGUUAGCCCAGUUCUACUUCUUAUUUAAUUUGAGAGUAAAAUGUUUGCAAAUAUUCUCUAGUCAUUCGAUUAAUAUUUCCAAGGAGCCCACAGUACUGCCAGCUGCUAUGGCAGAGGGUGGGGGAUCUAAGCAAUAGUGAGGUCAUUGUCAGGGUAGGAGAGUACACAUGCACACCUAUAGUAACUGUUGAAGAGCAUUUUAGUGGUUAUUUAUUGGGACAAUUUCACAGCAUGUGCUCAGCAUUCCUAAUGUUGAAACUUUAAGAACUACGAUGUUCUAAACAUCCCUUGGACAUUUCAUGUCUUUCUUGUAAGGCAUAAUGCCUUGGUUAGUGUUAAUUAUGCAAUGUUUGUGUCUUAAAACAAAGAAAUUGAUUUGUGGAUGCUUUUGC